AUGGCAUCCACCAACAGAAACCUCCACACCGAAAUGGACAAAACCAAAAAAUACACCUUUCUUGCUGAAACAACCCCUCACCUCGCCACAAUCCUCGGCUUUCCCUCUCGUUGCUCGACCUUCCCAGCCCUGUACACUCGUACCUGUACCGAGAUCAUCGACUUGGCAUGCACAAUCGCAGCUUUCGAGCCCGUGCGCCUUCACGUACGUCCAGAGGACCUCUCAAAGGCCCAAACCCUCAUCUCCCAGCACUUGGAGAUAAGCUCAAUCCGAGACAAGCCCGCACAAUCAUCAAAUAUCACCAUCAUCCCCGUCGCGACAAAUCACUGCUGGGUCCGCGAUACGGGACCGGUCUACGUGCGCAGCCUUGAACAUCCUCAUCAGCGAUUCGCAAUUGACUUUCGGUUCUGCGAAUGGGGCAACAAGAUUGAGGAGCUUCUCUACAACAACUCUGUUGACAAGGAGGCAGCAUUAGCAGAAGAAGGUAUCAAUUGGCCGAUCAUGGAUUUGACGCGACGAGAAGAGAAUACGCUAUUCGCGCGCCGGGUCCUUGAAAUCGAGAAUCAGGAUCAAAUCACUGGACAUUCACCUGUUACCCGGGUCGAAUCAUCCGUUCGGUUGGAAGGUGGUGGCAUCGAGAUGGAUGGCGAGGGAACUUUCAUGGCGGCUGAAAGCAGUGUUUUGGUUCCAUCACGGAAUGAAGGGCUCUCGCGUGAGGAUGUUGAGGCCGAAUUGACACGGCUGCUGGGUAUCAAGAAGUUUAUCUGGAUCCCCGGACGGGAGGGGUUGGAUAUCACGGACUGUCAUAUUGAUGCCGAGGCGCGAUUUGUGAGACCUGGCGUGGUGGUUGUGUGUAAACCGCAUGCGAAAUGCAAGGCUGUAUGGUGGGAUAUUUAUCAUGAAGCGCGGGAGAUCCUCGAUGCUGCCAUUGAUGCGCAGGGACGGAGACUCCAGGUUUAUGACAUUGAGGAGCCAGAUCCGGAUCUUGUGAAGGGGGAUGUUGCUGGAGAAGAAGAUGGACCGGCAGCGUCCUAUGUGAAUUUCUACUUUGUGAAUGGGGGUUUGGUGAUACCUGCCUUUGGAGAUAUCGAGGCAGAUAUGAAGGCCUUGGAGAUUAUGAAGAGUCUUGUUCCUGAGCGGGAAGUGAGGCAAGUGGCCGUCAAUGCACUACCGAGGACGGGUGGUGUGUUGCAUUGUACGACACAACAAGUACUGUGA